GUCCUGAGUCACCUGACACCUUGCAAGCCCCAACUUGAACUUCUGUACGCAGCGUGGCUUCGCCAGCCCUCGAAUGGCACUUCCAGAUCUCACCUACAUCGCUGCUCCCAUGGUCAAGCAAAGCGAUGCACCCUUCCGGCUGUUGACACAGCGACAUGGGGCAACUCUCGCGUAUACGCAGAUGCUUGACCCUCACAAACUUCUUGAGGAUCGAGAUUACCUCGAGUUUCAUCAGCGUGAUCUGGCUCUUGGUCGCGGUGAGACGGACGAAUCAGUGGUGGUACAGCUAUGUGGGAAUGACCCUGAGAUUAUCGUUCAAGCUGGAAAGAAGCUACAGGGCCUGUGCAACGGUAUUGAUUUGAACUUAGGAUGCCCACAAGAGCAUGCACGUGAUGGCCAUUACGGUGGUUAUCUUCUAGCCAAAAAAGAUUGGCCACUUGUCCAGACCAUAGUUUCUGCGAUGUCCCACCUAUUGCAGCCACCGACUUCAGUAAAACUACGUCUUUGUCCUUCGUCGUCACCUCCAUCAUCCACUGUUGAAUUUGCCGCCCUUCUGGAACAGGCAGGCGCAUCUUGGGUAACCCUUCAUGCGCGUCACGUAUCCUCCAGACGGCGUCGUCAAGGUGCUGCAGAUUUAGAUGUGGUUCGCACUCUGAAGACGGCACUCAGAGUACCAGUUGUAUGCAAUGGCAACGUUCGCACGUGGGAGGAUGUACAGAGGAACAAGGAUGAGACCAAAGCUGAUGGCAUCAUGGUAGGAGAAACUUUACUCGGAAAUCCUUGCAUAUUUACAAAUGUCAUCCCAGACCCUGUUCGAAUAUCCCUUGAAUACCUGGAAAUCUGCAAAGAACUUCCUGAAAUUGCAACUCAUCAGACUAUCGAGGCUCAUGUCAGACAUUUUAUUGAAUUCCAGUGCUCUCGGCGGCCAUGGUAUCAUAAAUUUCGCACAGCACUGUCUGCAUGUGAAGGGGUUCAUGAUAUCGAGCACUUACUACGCACAAAAGUGACCAGAUGGCGGGGCAAGGCUGCGUGCAAAGAUUAUGAUGCAUGUAUCGACGAUCUGGAAUAUACCAUGGAUUGAAACGUUACAUUUUGCGCUAAUUUUCCCUCCUAGGCAUGAGCGCAUUGGAGAUGGAUGCAGUAUCGCAGAGUAUCCGCGAAUGCGUAUGGAGGGCAUGCCCACGGCGAAUGCAAUGACGAGGCGUGAGAGGCUUGUGUUGUACGCAACAUUUCCAGGCACCCUUCGUUAUUCCAUUCCAUUCCUUUCUAUGACACUGCA